AUCUAAUGUAAACAACAUGUGCGCGUUUUCAUGUCAGUUUGUUGCGUCAACUCAAGUUUGAGCUUUGCAGUGUCGCCUGCUCAUUUAACCUGUAUGUGCGCCUUGUGUUUAACCACCUGUGCGUGCUACCGAGGGAGGAAAGCGUGUGCGUAAAGCACGUGGGCGCGUGUCUAGUAGAUUAAUUUCCAGGAAAGAGGUGGAGAUGGCUCAUAAAAUCCAGGGUAUGGAUAAAAAAGCAAGAAGAAACAACGUGAUGUCUGCUGUCUGAAACCACCCAUAUUCGAAUGUUUGAAACCUCUCUCCAAGUAUUCAAGGAUGACCUGUAACAGAAAGGCUGAUCUGCAGCAGUCGGGAAGGUUUUCCACAUUUAAUCAUUUAAAAAUUGAGGUCCGUAAUAACUGGAUAAAUAAAAGGAAACUGUACUAUUCCAGUCCUGAUGAAGGCUAUGUUAGUCCAUUAAAAAAGCCCCUUAGUCCAAAGGCUUUGUCCCCUGACCUCGAGUGUUUUACAGACCACUACAGCCCUUUUGUGGGGCAGCAAUCAGCGUCGUCUUAUCCUGAACCUUUACCUAAGAAGCAAAAUGUUGGGAGUGCAGUAAAACAACCUGUGAACUCUAGGCUACACUGUGAGCACAUCAAGCAAUGUGGGUCCUCCACAGAUCCAGGAGGUGAAGAGAUCGUACAAAAACAUAUUACAUCUGAGAAUAUCCUUUUCAAUUUUUCCCCUGUGUUUGACUAUGAUUUAGAUGCAGUAUGUUACCUCAGUCCCAUUAAUACCUGUACUGCAGCAGGUAAUUUGGAUCCUGCAGAAAGCUGCACAGCUCCACAUUGCAACACGUUUCCAGAGAAACAAUUUCCUGCUGUUCAACACUUAGAAGAGAUGGAAAGAAGAGUUGGACGAGAGAGUUUGAGAGUCAGUGAUGAUAGAGGCUAUGUAUCUCUGUCCUCCAUAAAUGACCAUAAAGGAGAUGGGUUAUUGAACUCUAAACAGCUCACUGGUAACUCAAACCCCCGUCUCAGGGUGGUUGAGAAUGGCUGUCAUCCGCAAAGAUCACCCAAGCCACAACAUAAGAAACAAACUGUGACCUCUGGAAGCUUUACUGUUGCAGUGGACGACUUGAGUCCUGCUGUCAGUGGGCCUUAUAUGGAGCCUGUGACCUCUGUGGAGAGUUUAGAAAGUGAGACUGAGGGGGUGUGGGAUAUCGGUCCUCCCAUGCUUGAAUCCUCUCCGUAUGGCACAGUCAGGCCAAACACUGCUGGCGACAGAAGUCUGGCAUCAGAGUCAUCUGGAUGCAGUACAGAAGAUACCAAUCUGGAGGACACCUGGGAAAAUACCUUACCUCUUCAAGUACAGGUGAAAUCAAAAGUUGUUGUUCCAUGCCAGCAAACCACAAAACCCGAGGAAGAGUCGCGUGCUCGGACUGCCAAGUGCUCCGGGACUCAAAGGCCUGUGAUCUUCAGCAGGAGGUCAGACUGGGAGAAGAAAAAGAGGCUCUAUGUCCAUUCAGUAAUGAGACACAUGCAAGAGAAACAAGGAGCACAUAAUGGUGUCAUGUCUGAGCUGCUGAGCGUGAUGAACCGUGUUGCUGGUGAGAGAGCGGGCAAGGAUGGGAAAAGGUGGCAGCAUCCCUCCGACUUCACCCGCCGAAAUUACCAGAGUCGCUUUGGUACAAAGCCAGAGAUGACGCUCCGAGAAUGGCAACGCAAGAACUAUGGCUCACACGAACGCUUUUCAAAAGUUCCUAAACAGUUUGAAAGAUGCCACUGUCCUCGAGUCUAAAAUGUCUGAGCAAUAAACACUGUG